AUUCAAUUUGAAUGUGUGUUAAAAGCUGCAAAAGGAAAACACACCAAAAUUUAAAAAGACUUGUUCGAUGUUGCACAUGAAAAAUAUUUUGGAACUGAAAUUUAUCUGUUUAAAAAAAAUCCCACUUUCCACUGGUCGAAGAAAUCAAUUGGAGUGAAGUAUAACUUUGGACCAUCGCUCAUUUGUCCACAUUUUCCUUUUGCCUUAUCAUUACGUUGUAGUAUAAUACAUAUAUACAUGAGGACAAUGUUUAGCUAGCAAGCAGCAUUAUCAUGUCUUUAUUCACUCGAAUAAAUUCGGUAUAUCCCAUUUUUAUGGGAAGCUGGGAUCUUCAUUACUUAUUAUUAUUACAAAAGUUUAGCAUGCACGCAAGGUCACAUAAAAUUGCUCCGAAAGAGUGGUUGAAGGACCAACGUGGACCAACAAGCCCGCUCGCGAAUCCCCUCCCUCCUCUGUUUUGGUACGUAACAACAGUUAAGCAUUAAAACGCGGUGAUCAGCACUCAUCUUUGCAGAAGCAGCCGUUUUCCUCAUCCAAUAAAGAGACUCGACGCGCUCACCAAAAAAAGAUUUUUCAGACGGACGCUGCAUGCGCUCAUGAGGAAAAGCUCAGUGCUCAGUUAAUACUUUGGCAUUGACCUUGCCACACACAACGUUCGCAUCCUCAACUUUUAAAAGUGCGGAUCCAGGGAUGGUUUUCAUGGAGAUACUGCUAUUCCUCAAGGACUUCUUGCUUGGCGGGGUGGCCGGCGGCGUGGCCAAGACGGUCACUGCACCCAUCGAAAGGGUAAAACUGCUACUGCAGUUGCAGGAUGGAUCCGCACAGAUGAAGGUUGCCGACAUUCAGCGCUACGAUGGAAUUGUCGAUUGCACUCGCAGGGUUUACAAGGAGCAGGGAUUGUGGAGUUUCUGGAGGGGCAAUUGGGCUAAUGUGAUCAGAUACUUCCCGACACAGGCCAUCAACCUUGCUUGCAAAGACCGAUACAAAAAGCUUUUCUUGCAAGGGUUGGACAAGAAAACCAACUUUUGGGGCUACUUUGCGGGCAGCGUGGCCGCUGGAAGUGCCGCAGGGGCAACGUCCCUUUGCGUGGUUUACCCCUUGGACUUUGUGCGAACGCGUUUGGGCGCGGACGUCGGCAAGACGGAGGAGGAGCGCGAGUUUACCGGAUUGUGGGACUGCAUCAAAAAGAUUUUCAAGUCGGACGGCAUUUGUGGCCUGUACCGUGGCUUCUUUGUGUCCCUCGUCGGCAUCAUCCUCUACAGAGGUGCCUACUUUGGACUUUGGGACGGAUCCAAGGAGCUUAUUGGUGCAGAUAAUUUAAAUUUUAUCACAAAGUGGAUUCUUGCACAGGUGACAACAACUUUGGCUGGUCUUUUCGCAUACCCUGCUGACACUGUCCGCAGGCGUAUGAUGAUGUUGUCCGGGUGCACCAGGAACGAAAUAUUGUACACCAACAGCUUCCAGUGCGCCGCCUACAUUGCUCGAAAGGAGGGUUUCAGCGCCUUCUACAAGGGCGCCUUUACCAACAUCAUUAGAGGCAUGAGCAGCGCCUUGGUCCUUGUCCUCUACGAAGAAUUGCAAGCGUUUUUUAAUAACUUGGUGUCAACGUCACAGUGAUAUUUCUUAAAAUCCAGUUACAUAGAUAUAGCCAUGUUUGAAAUUGAGUGAAUUCAAAGUUGAUUUUUUAUGAAUUUAUCACAUAAUAGAGGUGAGGUGCUCCAAUACAAAUGUAGGCUGCGAAACUAUGACAUAAUUAUGCGCUGCAAACAGGAUGGGUGUGCUAAACCCAAUGUGUAAAUGUGUUACUAAUUGCAUGAAAUGUGCGUAACAGUGGAAAUUAGAG